GGAAGAGGAAGGAAGCUGCGGAAUAAACCAGCGCUUUAAUAGAUCAUGAAUAAACAAGUGCAGCUGUCGUCUCGCAGUGUCGCUGACAUCUUUGAGGGGACGUUAUGGCUGAAGCAGAGUUAGAAACCUUCACCUCUAUCAUGGACACGCUGGUUCGCAUCAGUUCCAACAUGAAGAGUAUGGAACAGGAGUUGCAUUGCCCGGUGUGCGAUGAGAUGGUGAAGCAGCCCAUCCUGCUGCCGUGUCAGCACAGUGUGUGUCUACUGUGUGCGGCGGAGGUGUUGGUACAAAGAGGGUAUCCUCCUCCCGACCUCCCUCCAGAGCCCAACUCGCCGGUCUCCACACCCAACACUCGCUCCCCACGACAGGCUCGAAGACCCACGCCCAGGACCCCUGACCGCCUGGAACGGGUCCUCCGAACAGUGUGCGGGACAUACCCAGGGCGGAGACGGAAGGACGCGGCCCCUCCCCCCAUGUUGUUCCCGUGUCCUUCCUGUCAGCAGGACGUAGAGCUCGGAGAGAAAGGCCUGACAGACUGCCUCCGCAACCUCACACUGGAGCGGAUUGUGGAGAGGUACAGGCACACAGUCAGCCUGGGCAGUGUGGCCAUCAUGUGUGGCUUCUGUAAGCCUCCCCAGUCUCUGGAGGCCUCGAAGGGCUGCGCUGAUUGCAAGUCCAACUUCUGUAACGAGUGUUUCAAACUCUACCACCCCUGGGGAACGCCGCGAGCUCAGCACGAACACAUUCUACCCACGAACAGCUUUCGGCCCAAGGUCCUGACGUGCACCGAGCACGAGCAGGAGAGACUGCAGUGGUACUGCCGUGACUGCCAGAGGUUGCUGUGCCCACUUUGUAAGCUCCGACAGGUCCACCACGGACACAAAGUCUUGCCUAUGGCACAGGCCUACCAGGCCCUCAAGGACAAGGUUACCAAGGAGGUCACCUUUAUCGUGGCCAACCAGGAGACGAUACAGAGUCAGAUCACUCAACUGGAAGCUGCCAUCAAACAGAUGGAGGCGAACAGCGCAGUGGCUCUGAACCAGCUGACCUACUGUAUCCGAGAGCUGGGAGCGGCUGUGGCGGAGCGUCAGGGGGCUCUGGUUGUGGCCCUGGAGGGAUCCCGCAGCAGGAGGGAGGAUGCCCUGUCUGCCCAGGUCUCAGAGAGGCGAGGCCUGCAGGAGCACACCGGCCUGAUGGCCUACACACAGGAGCUGCUCAAGGAGGCCGAUCCACCCUGCUUCGUACAGGCUGCCCGAGUCACCCACAGCAGGCUCGUGAAGGCCAUAGAAAACCUCCAGUGCUUCACUCCCUCGGCUGAUCCCUCCUUCAGGCACUUUCACCUCGACACAUCCAAAGAAGUCCAGCUCAUCCACAGCUUGGAGUUCAUACAUGCCCCACUGGCUCCAGUCAUUGACACCCAGAAGACACUUGCGUAUGACCAGCUGUUUCUGUGCUGGCGCCUCCCUCAGGACUCGGCGCCCGCUUGGCACUUCUCCGUUGAAUACCAACGGCGGGCAGGAGGGGCUGCAGCCACUUGGGGCGGCACCAGAUCUCCCGAUGCUGCAACAGCAUGGUUGCGUUUGGAUGAAGUGAGAGGAACCAAUGCCGUGGUGAAUCGGCUGCAGAUGGACAGCGUGUACGUGCUCAGGGUGAGAGGCUGCAACAAGGCCGGGUUCGGAGAGUACAGCGAAGAAGUUUACCUCCACACUCCACCAGCACCUGUGUUGAGUUUCUCCUUGGACUCACGCUGGGGGUUGCAUGCUGACCGGCUGGCAUUGGGUAGAGGCCAAACUUACGCUCGCAGCGUGCCAGGCCUCUCCCUCCUGCAGGUGGCCGACCGCACGCUCACUUCUUGCCACUUGACCUCUGACCUACUGGUGGCCGACUUGGCUGUCACUCAAGGCAGACACUACUGGGCAUGCUCUGUGGAGCCUAGUUCCUACCUGGUGAAGGUGGGAGUGGGACAGGAGGCUAAGCUGCAAGAGUGGUUUCACCUCCCCCAGGACAUGUCCAGCCCUCGCUGCGACCCAGACAGCGGCCAUGACAGCGGGGCAGAGGACGGCCAGGACUCUCCUCCCUUCUGCUUCCUCACUAUAGGCAUGGGCAAGAUCCUGCUUCCUCAAGGACAUGGUCACACUCAGAGCCAGGGGGACAGCCACAGCCAGAGGGGAGUGCACUCCCACAGCACCGGCCAUAGCAACCUGCCUCACCCUCACACUGCUCCCCUGCCCCCCCGGCUGGGAGUGUGUCUGGACUGUGACAAAGGACUUGUCACCUUCUACGAUGCCCACUCGUUGCGGAUCCUUUGGGAGGGACACAUGGACUGUUCAGCUCCAGUGUGUCCGGCCUUCUGCUUCAUCGGCGGAGGAGCCCUGCAGCUGCAGGACCUUGUGGCAAAUCGGAGCAUCGAGGAGCCGUCACCACGGAGGGUCACUAUCCAAACGCGUGCAACGAAUCUCAGCAAAUAAAUCGUGGUGAGGCGGUUUAUGGGACACAGUUGACUCAGCAAUCCAACUUUAUGUCAGUAGAGAUAAAUGUGGUUUAUACUCACCACCUAAUGUAAGUCAAUAAUGAACUACCUUGCUCCUGUAUAUCGUUGAUGCUUGAUUGAACUGUCUCUGCUGAAUAUGGUUAUGUUUUCCCUCUGAUUUCUGAGAUCUUAAUAUACAAAUCUCAUGUUCUUUUGGCAUUUGCACUUGGCCUGGACAUGAAAUCUCUCUUUUGGCUAUUUAUUUCCUGCUUUAUUUCUUUUCAAUUGAGUAAUGCUCCUCUGGACAUUGUGGCUGAAGUGAUUUUAGACGAUGCAUAAUUCUGUUGUCAGGGGGAGCAAAUCCCCUUAAUAACAAGUUCAAUCUGUUUGCAAUGUAAAAAAACAAUGUUGCAUGCAAUUGUAACAAUAGAAUUCGCCUGUCACCUUGUAAAAGCACCUCAGAUGUACUGUACCAUCUAAUUUGAUAUCCUUAUUUGUAAUGUAGCUUAAACAAGAGUUACACAUGUGUGUAUAUAAGUCAGAAUUAGAGAAUGUGAAUAUUCUUUGGUUGUUGAAGUUCUGUUGGCUCACGUCAGGAAAACACAUCUCUGGGUCUUCACAGCCCCAGGUCGUAUUUUAUAUAGUCGUUGUUUUGCAUUUCAAAAAGGAUGUUUAUGGCAUUUUCGUCUGGGUGAACACGCUAACAGUUGCCUCAAUGUUUUCAAAAGAGAUGAAUCAUGCUCUCACAAUGCUGUUUGACUCAAUAACAUGUGAAUACAUUUCAGUGAUUUACAUUUGGACAAAAGUGAUGGCCUACGUGUCCAGUUUGAAACUGUGGUGUUUGAGGGAUUUGCACAUACAUAUUAAUGAUGUUCAAGGAAGUGGAUGGAUGAAAUAGAAUGAGAAGAGGUCUAUUUAUGAGCUCUGGUGGACUUCAUUUAUUUGCUACUACAGCUAACAGUAAAUCAUUGAUUUGAAUACGCUGAGAAAGUGAUGUCUGGGGAAUGUAAAAGCCCAGUAAUGUAUUAUUUCAGUGUAAGAGAUUGUCUAUAUUGUAAUAUUUUCAAAUCGACUGGCUCCGUCUGUAUUUUGAUAUAAAGUAUGAUGUGUGUGUGUGUGUGUGUGUGUGUAAACUGAUGGCACAUCUAUAGACUCCUCUUCCUGUGUUACAGCAUAGCACUUGAAUGACUUCAGACUGUAGCAUCCCAUAAAUCAGAAUAUCUUCAUUUAGAUUUAGCCUCGGCUGGCAGAUUGUUUCUAUCAUGUCAUGAGAAAAACAAUAAAUGACUGAUAACUGCAA